UGUUUGGCUGUUUCGUAUGAGACCUGUGUGGUAGCUCGCCGCUUGUUUCGCCCACGAAAUAUUGAAGCUAAGCGUUUUAAACCCGACACUGCCCGGCUGGUAAUCGCAGAGACAAGCGGUCUAUAUAUAUAUAGUUGCUGUUGUAACCAUGCCUGUGGACAACGCUUCAGAGCUCCUCAAAUACUAUGAAGUUUACGAAACUAUCGGAUCAGGUGGCUUUGCAAAAGUCAAGCUAGGCAGGCAUAUUCUUACAGGCGAGAAAGUGGCCAUCAAGAUAAUGGACAAGAAAGACCUUGGGGACGACCUUCCUCGCGUGAAAAUGGAGAUGGAAGCUAUGAAGAACCUGAGCCAUCAGCACGUGUGCCGCCUUUACCACAUCAUUGAGACGGCGAGCAGGAUCUACAUGGUGAUCGAGUAUUGUCCUGGAGGUGAGCUGUUUGAUUAUAUUGUAGCUAAAGACCGCCUGUCUGAGGAGGAGACACGAGUUUUCUUCCGCCAGAUCAUUUCAGCGCUGGCCUACGUCCACAGCCAGGGCUAUGCCCACCGUGACCUCAAACCGGAAAACCUGCUGAUUGACGAGGGUCAUAACCUCAAGCUGAUCGACUUUGGCCUCUGUGCCAGACCAAAGGGCGGCCUGGGGUACGAGCUGAUGACCUGCUGUGGGAGUCCCGCCUACGCGGCGCCUGAGCUCAUCCAGGGAAAGGCUUACAUUGGCUCCGAGGCGGAUGUGUGGAGUAUGGGCGUGCUGCUCUAUGCUCUGCUGUGUGGGUACCUUCCAUUUGAUGACGAUAACUGCAUGGUCCUUUACAGAAAAAUCACAAGCGGCCAUUAUAAGAACCCCCACUGGUUGUCACCUGGUAGUAUACUGCUCCUUAACCAAAUGAUGCAGGUGGAGCCAAAGAGGCGUUUGACAGUGAGGCAGCUGCUGGACCACCCGUGGGUGAUGAAGGGUUACAGCAGCCCUGUGGAGUGGCACAGCACACGCCCGCUGGGUCAUAUAGAUGAGGACUGUAUCACUGAGAUGGCUGUGUCAUUGAGGAGGUCUAAACAGAGCACUGUCCAGCUGGUGUCUGAGUGGAAAUAUGACCAGACUACAGCUACGUAUCUGUUGCUGCUGGCUAAGAAGCAGCGUGGAAGGCCAGUGCGUCUGAGAGCGGAGGCACACGGCCAGGAGCCCACCUGCUCCCCUCUGCAAGAAAUACAGUUGAAGAAGAGCUUGCAUUUUGGUGAGGAGGACGAUGACGAGGACGAUUAUGAUGGUGGUGUGCAUCGGGGCCGAGGUGGCUCGUUGGUUUUCCCUCCGGAUUGCUAUGACGACAGCAGCGCCUGGGUCCCCAUAACACCAAAAAACACACAGACCACAUGUACUCCACGCAAGAAACCUGCCUGUCAAUCAUCCGAAAAAAAGUACGGCGACGUCGGCUCCGCCCCAGGCCCCAGACAGGGGAAGCCCCGCCCACAGAACCAUGAGAAACGUGAGCGCACCAAAGAGGAUAAGGAGAACCUGUUGGUGCCUGCUCCAGAUGGCAACGUGUUCGCCCUGCCCGCCCCCUUAACCCCGGCGGCCAUUAGGAAAGGCCGGCCGCACAAAGCCGGGCCAACCACGCCCGUUAACAGCAACGUCCUGAACGCGACGGGAGACCCUCGGAGAGAUGUGUUCCACAGAAAACCAGGGGAGCAGCAGAAGAGUGGACAGCAAGCACUGGAAGGCCUGGCAUUCAGCCCAGAGAGAAGGUCCCGGUCUCUGGACAUGGCAGACAGCGCGCAGAAGCGCAAGGCAGGGAAGGUGUUCGGCAGUCUGGAGAGAGGCCUGGACAAAGUCAUCACCAUGCUGACGCCCAGCAAGAGGCGGGGCCCACGGGACACGCCCCGCAGGAUAAAGGCGCAGUACAACGUGACACUGACCAGCCAGACGAACGCCGAGCAGGUGCUGAACCAGAUCCUCCGGGUCUUGCCAGAGAAGAACGUGGACUACGUGCAGAAAGGCUACACUCUGAAGUGCCGGACGGAGUCAGACUCUGGCAAGGUGGCGGUGCAGUUUGAGCUGGAGGUAUGUUUGCUGCAGAAGCCUGAGGUGGUGGCCAUCCGUCGCCAGAGGCUUAAAGGGGACGCCUGGGUCUAUAAGCACCUAGUGGAGGACAUCCUGUCCACAACGAGUGCCUGACCUCACUUCCUGGCCCCGCCUCCGCGGGCCUGCCUCACUUCCAGUUGGCUGGUGAUCCGAAUACGAUGGCUCUUUUGGGCUGCAUCUUCUGAAUGUCUGUUGCUGUGGACGUUCAGUUUCGAAGGCUGUAUUUUAUGUUUGAAAAACUAUGGGGAUAUUGACUGUUCCCUGUCCAUGGACAAAAGAACUGCAGUUAAUGUAAAUGUGGAACGCAAGGCUUUGUUUACAUGUCCAUGGUCUUCAGUUCACUUUUAUACUAAUACUUGGAAGCAUUGCUCUGAUCUUUGUGUCUGUCUGCGUGCGUGCGUGUGCUCAUGUGUGUUAAUAUCCAUUUUUAUAUAA